AUGUUGGACUAUGCCCUCAAACAUCAAGACACCGUGAAUACCAUUACUCAAUGGUGGGAGGUGGGUUUGUGGAAGUUUGAGUUGGAGGAUCAUGAGUGGACAAUGCUGGGACAGCUGCGAGAUGUACUCAAGAUUCUAAAGGAUGCAACACUGUACUUCUCGCGCGCAACACCCAACCUUACAACAGUGAUCCCAGCAAUGGAUCACAUCUACAAUAUGCUCACAUCCUACUCUCACAACAAAAAAUAUAUGCUCUCAAUCUGUUCUGCAGUUCAACUCACCAAAAAUACUCUCAACCGCUAUUACCAGCUCACAGACAAUUCUGUAACAUAUCAAAUUGCAAUGGUCUUACAUCCACAGCAUAAACUAGCCUACUUUAAGGCCACACAAUGGGAAGAUGACUGGAUUGAAACAGCUGAUAGACUUGUGCAUGAGGAAUUCAAAUGUUUGUACUUAUCAAUCAAUGACAACUCUGAUGUGGAGUCCAAGGAUAAUGUCUUCAAGUCAAAUGACAAUGUACUGAUGGUAUGA